UGCUUCCCAUGGUGUUAAAGUGAAUCAAGCCUGGCCUGCCAUGUGUUGUGAUAGCGUUUCCUGCGGGUGGCUGGGAUACAUAGAAGUUAAAUUCGAAAUACUGCCAAGCGACAUGAAAGGGAUGGGCUCCAGGCGUGCUGGAGUCAGCAGAGCACUCUCCCGGGGUUUUACUUGUUUAACUGAUAGAGCUAUCUCCAGUGGCAGCUAGAAGCCAGACACGAUUUUCAAGACUUAAUGUGUUUUUUUCUUAUCUUGAUGAUCACUAGUCGGCUACAGACCACAGACAAAGAGAGAAUCGGGGAGGGGGAAUAGACAAGGUGACGAUGUUUACUUUCUCAAUGGACUACAAAUGGUUGGCAUGUAAUGUUUACUUGUAGCCCAAACAGCUGUUUCCUUGUCUCCCUAUGAAGAGUUUGAGUCUACUUGUAUUCCCUUAUGUUCAUAGAAGUUUAGAAACACUUCAGUGAGCUCUGUGUUUAACUUCACUUUUUAUUUCAUUUGGAGCUGUUUGUGAUAGACAACACAUAACAGGGGCCUCAGCUAUGAUAGAAAUUUGAUAGAGGGAAAACCAACAUCAGCCCAGUUGCCAAAAGACUGCAAAAGCUACUUGAGUCUAAAAGAGGAGCUCUUCUGUGUCAGAAAUUGUGCCUGAAAUACCUGAUACUCCAUUUGCCAAAUACUCUUUCUUUCACAACAUUAAAUCAGAGCAAAACAAAAUUGAAAUCCAGUAAAAUUGACUCAAGAUUAAAAAGAAAUAUAUUAGCCAAAGCAAAGGAAUACCAACCAAAGAAUAAAAAUACCCUAAGACAUUUAAUUUUUUACCUGGAGGAGAGCAGAGAGGAAAGGCUAUUACUGCUGGCUGUUUAUGGAGGGUGCUCAUCUGGUACAUGAUCAAUAGUGUAAAACCCUAAAUUCAGACAGACUGUAUUUUGCUCCCACGUGAAAGCCAUUAUAUGGAAUUUGCUUACCCCUGGAGCAAAAUCAACAACACUGUUGAUCCUGACAUGGUUUUUAUGGCUGAAAAACAAAAUUCACUUUCUUAACAAUAACAGUGUGAGCAUUUCUUUCCUAUUUUCAGACACCUUGAAAGCAAACAGCUGCACACAGCAUUUAACCAAUGCAGUGUUCACCAUAAGGCCCUGACAUGCAGCACACAGGACAUGGCCUAAAAGCAAUUUUGUGAGUGCCACUAGUCAGUAUGGGAUUUCAGUUCUUCCUCUAAAAUCACUUUACACAAAUUGUCCUGCUCUGCAUUGACAAAACACUGCUGGGCAGGACCUCCAAAAGCUGAAUGGGUCAAUGAACACUGAUGUCAAAGCUGAGAUUUGUAUGCCUGCAUUAGCUGCUAGCUGGUUAGCAAGUCACCUCAUCUUCCUGUGUCUUUUUUUGGCCCUGACUGACUUGGCCUACUUGGAAAAUGCUACUUACCCAGUUUUUGUAUAGUAUUCAAUAUCCAAAGCACAAAUAUUGUGCUUUGAGUGAUACUCUUGGGAUCUGCAUGGGUAUUUAGAUGUCCUCUCCCCACUCUUGUAGCCCCUGAACACUUCAUAUUUGAACAUGUUUAACUCCAGCAUCCCCCCCAUCAUUGUUAACCAGGACAAUCUGUGUGUGCAGGAGUACAGUGCAGCAGGGUGAAGGCUUCCAGGAGAAAUGUGUCACUGUCAGAAACUAAAUUUGGGUCACCCAAAGCAUCGAAUUUCUCUUUCACUGUUAAUACAAACUUUCAGGUAAUCAACUGACAGUAAGAAGGGCAGCACUGAGCAUGCCAAAGCAGUGAGCCUGUAACAAUUUCCAUUGCAGAUUUAUAAGCAAAUACAGAAUUUUUGUCCUUUAAAAAAAUUGAACCAAUGCUAAAGCCAUUGUGACAAAUAAAUUAAUGAGGCUUUUUCAAAGGCAUUCAAAGGCAUCCAUGACUCUCUCCUGUUUUACAGAUACCAUAUGUGGCCUGAUUAUUUUUUUCAUAAAGAAAAGGAAAUGUUAUGAAGUAAUUCCUGCACUGCAGAUGUUAGUCCAGCAAAGCUUUCAUCAGAGCAAGGACCACCUCUCCCCUGCCUUCUUGCAUGAUUACAAGCUUUGAUCUUAGUCUGGGAGCCUUACAUCUCUGCAGUUGACUCCAGUUAAAAAUUACUCCAUCCAAAUAUUCCAACAAAUGUUUAGAUUAAAACCAAAAAUCCCUAUAUCUGCAAAUUUGCACUCAGCCCCCUGCUUUCUUUGAAGAAAAUUUCAAUCCUGUUUCUUCCUGGGCUCUGAUGGGUGGCUCCUGGUUAAUCUCUGUCUGUCUCCCUGGUAACAGUCAAAGGAGAGGACACAGAGGUGGGCAGGGAGCAGCCUCCAGCCACUGUUCCUCUUAUCACAGUCCAUCAGCAGGUGUCCCUUGCUCAUAUCCAGGAACAAUAAAUACAGCCUGUGGCUAAGGGAACCACCACACAGCUUUCUUCAGAAGUCUCAAAGAACAGUAGCUGGACUCCAGAUUUUGAGAUCUGUAACUGUAUGCAGGCACUGCAAUUGCCAUGCUAGUUUGUUAAAUAAUUUUUUUUUUCACUUUAGUCAGUCUUUGUUCAAGCAUCCUCUACAGAUAUAUAUCACUACAAACAGAAAUACCUAGCCACCAGUAUUUGUGCAAUCUGAAUGUUUAGCUAGUGUGGCAACAGGAAAACAGUUUACUGUGUUCACAAAAUCAAUCUGUGUGUAUAUUUGCUUGAUGUGUUUUCCCUACCAUGAAGUGAGCAGCUGAGUGUUUGCAAAAAAAAGGAGAAUCUAUGGCACACAACAUGGGUGCCACAGGUUAUGCUUCUGCCAACAUCUGCUGAACUUUAGCACUCCCCAACCAAUGGCAAUCUACUCUGCAUGUUCACUUUUAAUAACUGUUCUGCAAGACUCCUGCUAAAAAAUAAAAUUAUAAAGGCUUGCUGUCAAACCAAGUUCAAAGGUAACAUCUGCUCAUGAAGAACAUCAAAAUAAUUGAUUCAGGCAAUCAAUUAUUGAACAGAAGCACUGUCUCUUACUUAAAAGUGUCCCAGGAGUGUAGUGAAAAGAAUGUCAAAUUGAUAAAUUCCUUAAUAAAAUAUGACACUGAAAAUAGCACAGGGUAAGGAAUUUGACCCACUUGAAUCAAGUCAACUUGAAUUCCAGAAAGGAAUCAGAAGCUCCCGUAAAUGAUUCUCUUUCCUGACAGAAGAUGCCUAUCAAAAAUUACUGAAUUAUGGAUAAUAAUCUCAUUUCAGAGCCACCCUUGGACCCAGUACAGCCACGGGUGUCCAGCAAAGGCAUUUAGACACAUUUCUUCUCUUGAAACUGGUAACAAUUCUUCAGCCCUUGAGCCUACCAAAAGUUAGCUCUCCAAAAAUAAAGUAUCAAAAGGUAGUUGGAUGUCUCUGAGAGGCUAAAAGAAACUUUAAAGCACAGCCCUGCAGUGGCUCAUAAAUGACCUCCUCCAUGGGAAGCCUGGCAGGAAACUGUCUCCGAGAUAUACAUUUAUUUCUAAGACAGUUCCUAUGGAGACUAAGUCUGCCAGGAUAGGUAUCAGCUCUUAUUAGAUCAUCUUUGUCUCAUACACUCUUGUUAUGCUUGCUUCUGUUCUGUCCAUCAGUUGUGAUGCAGGGGACUUCUCAAAUGAGCUCCACUGGCUCACAAGCCAGCACACAAGGUUUUGGGUACAGCCAGAGCUCAGCCCAGCACAGGCCUGCCAUGGGCUGGUUUAAGGCACUGGGAAGGGGCACAGCAGCCCUCCUCCUGCAGAGCAGCACCAAGGGCACAGCUAGAAACUCAGCAACCCCUCAUUAGCUGGAGUAACAACAUUGAGUCAGGUUUCAGGAUGAAUCAGGUUUUCUUGUAGGUUGUGAGACAGUCACUGAGAAAAACACAGAGAAAAACAUCUAAAUAAUUGAGAGACCAAACACCCUUUCUUACUCUAUGACCAUUUAGAAAUCUGCAUGUAAUACCAUGUUCCACAUGCAAGAGAAAGGUUUCUUUCACCAGAGAUCUUGCCACCUAAUUCUAGAGAGCAAUCAGAUGAGAGAAGUGUUACAGAAGAAUAUCAUUGGAGUCAGAGAGGAAUUUGAUUAAUUUCAUAAAAUUACAAGAUGAAGGGCUGUGCAGUUGGCUCAGCUUGGACCUGCCUCUCCUUGGGUUAAGCAACUUCGUGAAGUUGUUUCACUGCAAGAGCAUCUGUGUGAAAAUGUGGCCUGCAGACACACUUGCAUAGAUUUAGCAAGGAUAAGACUUUUACUGAAGGCUCUAACUUCUUAAGAAAUACAUGGAGCACCUGUCAAAGGGAAGCCAUCAUGAGGCCUAAGGCAGCCUGGUUAGAUAUUCAGUUCCUCUGCUUUGAGAUGGGAUAACGGAUGUAGAAAAACCACAUUUGCUGGGAAAAAACACCAUUCUGGCAACAAAGCAUGACAGGAAAAACUGGCCAUCGUUUUAAAUACAUUUUUAGUUCCUGGGACCUUGCAAACUGCCAUUUUUUUCUACUUAUUUAAACAGAUACUGUAAUUUUACUUGUAGCUUAGAGUAAGGAAGGCCGCUAAGGAGGAACAAUAGGGGGUUGUUUUUGGUUUCAAAGAUGCUAAGAUUAGUAACCUAAUCUUUAAGUAUAAACAUGUAAAUUAUAUGUGAUGCAUUGUCUAAGUCUCUAUAUCUCAGUAUAAGCACAUAAACUACAGUUUCUGAAGAAAUGUAUUUCAAUCAAGCAUCAGUAACACUAGAUGAUACACUAUUAUGAACAUACUUAUUUUAGCUUAAUAUCCAAGAUAUAUUUUACAGUAGAUUGACCUACAAAUUAUUAAUAGCUAAACAUUUCUGCUAAUAAAUAAUGUAACCAGAUGUGGAAAUAAAAAAUUAACACCUAUAACUAAUUGGAAAAAAAUAUUUUCAUCAAAUAAAAAAAAAUCUCCACAAAAUGCUUUGUUUAGAUCUUCAGCUUUUAAAACUCAUAAUCUGACUUUUCAUAAUAGGUGAGCUACGCAUUAUUCAGAUCCUCUUCAUCUUAACUGGUUCCCAGCUUCUCUAUAGCGAAGAGCUGUACACAGUGAUAAUACCAUUUCUGUGCUAUGAACAGAAAAAGUACACAUCUGUUAUGAUGAUACACUUUGAUACUUUAUACACUUUGCUUUGAUACACUUCAACAUAAUUAUAACUUAUUAAUAAAUAGUUGAAAUUAUGCAUUAUUUGAGCAUGUUUAAAUGUAGAUGGCUUCAUACAAAAUAAUAAAAAUGUGUAACUGCUUUUUUCCUGAAUAAAUACUGAUAGUCAGAACAGUGCUACAAAUUCAAUUCUGUAUUUUCAGGUGUCUAUUAAAAUUUAUAGAAGUUGGGCCUUUAGCAUAUCACAGAAUAGGAAUCCAAAUUUCCAGUCAAAAUACUUGGUUAAUAGCAGACGUCUGUCUCUUUUAUAGUGCUUGACAAAAGAAAGUGUCUCUUCUACAUUGUAAAACAGUGGAAAAGACAUGAGCCAUUAGCACAAGCACAACAUUUUCACUUGAUAAGUCAAUCUGGGCUGGCUUUUUCUGUCAUGUCAGCAGUGUCUGAAAACAAAGGAGACACAGAUGCCCCAGGAGACAGCAUGUCUGCCCAACCCUGUUUCUGGGGGAUCUCUUAAUUUGUUUUUGAAAGAACAGAGUGAACCUUCCAGGUGCCAAAAUUUAAUAUGCUACAUAGCAUGCUGCAGCCACUGACACCAUGGGACAUGUGAAAGGCUGUUCCAAGUCAGUGUCCUAGGAGAACAUACAUCUAUAAGUUUUCUCCACCUCCCUGGCUGUCACAACAAUCCCUUGAUUAGGCAAUAAGACCUGGUCUUGUCUAGAGUGAUUUGAUAAGCAGUUGAUAACCAGCAGUUCAUUAAGCUCUGGGGAUAUAUAAGCCACAAGGUUUUCAGCAUGCCUCUGCACUUGAGUGGUUUGACAGCUCCCUGUUCAGCAGCCCAGGAGUCACUGGAAGAUGUUAUUGACUGCAAAAAUCCUUGUUUUUGCCAUGAAUGGUUUCCUAAGAGUGGCUACAGGCUUGGACAUUGGAUUAUCCACGAAAUGCAUAGCAAUACCCAAGGAGAUGGGCAUGUGUCACAAGAUUGGAUACUCUGAAAUGAGACUUCCCAACCUGAUGGGACACACAAGCAUGGCAGAGGUUAUCCUAAAAUCCACCACCUGGCAGCACCUUGUACACACAGACUGUCACCCUCACGUGAGGACAUUCCUGUGCUCCCUGUUUGCACCCAUCUGUUUAGAUACGUUCAUCCAUCCUUGCAGGAGUAUGUGUGCUGCUGUCCGGGACAGCUGUGCCCCCGUGCUCCUCUGCCAUGGGCACCCCUGGCCUGCCAGCCUGGACUGCGACCGAUUCCCUGGAGACGAGGACAUGUGCCUGGCACCUCUUACCAAGGACAAUAAAUAUUUGCACAAAGUCCUACCAAAGCCUACCUGCCAGACCUGCCCAACAGUGGAGGAAUUCUUUACACACAAAAGAGUUCUUGAAGUUUUCUGUGACAGUAACUUUGCAGUGAAAGUAAAGCUGUCCAAGAAGAGAACAGCAUUUGAGGACCAAGAGUAUAACAUUGAAUGCCAGGUGGAAUUCAUUACCCAGGGCUCACUCUUGCCCUACGAAACUCAGAGUAUGAUACAACAGUGGCUGCUAAUUAAUGAAAAAUGUAUAGAGAGGAUGACUCCAACCCACCGUCCCAUGGUGUAUCUCCUUGUGGGGAAUAUUGAGGAAGGCAUCAUUUUAGUAAAACAGGUUUAUCGCUGGCAGAGGAAGGACUCCCAGCUGACUUUGGCCACCCAGAAGUGGAGAUACCAUAAAUGCUUGUAAAUAUUUAUCAUAUUAUUUGUAAAAAGAUGAUUGUGCUUCUCAUGCCAAACCUAUCUUGUAAAUAGGAAUGUAUUAUAAGUUCAAUAUAAAGCUUUAAUUUCCUUUUAAAUUGUAUUGUAAGCUGAACUCAAACCCCAGUGUUAUCAGGCUUCCUUUUGGUAGUGUUACAGCUACUCUUGUCCAGUUUGAACUUCAACAGCUAUGGAUAAAUGUUUCUUUGAGUUAUGAUUUUAAAAAAUUGUAAUAUGUGAAAAAACCAGCAUAAACCAUUUUCAAAUCCAGCUGACUACUUUUAAUGUAUUUGUCUAUACCACCCACUCUACCAUUUUCUCCAGUUACCUAAACUUUCCCUUGUCUAAUGUUUCAUGAAUACUCAUCGUCUCCCCUCGGAGUAUUUUGAAAGGAGGCCGCCCUCUGCUGGUCGCUUUUGCAGGAAUCAGAGUGGAAUAAAGAGAAGAAUAAAUAAUUAAACACGGUAUGAUUGGCCCCAGACGCAAGAAGACUUGGUUACUGGGUGUCAUAAAUCAGAUCCCUGUUACUGAAAAGUCCUUUUUAGUUUUUCAGACGCAUUACAAAAUUUAGUUUAUAAAAUUUACCCGUUCUCCAAAUGGUCUGCAGGGAGCUAAUGGAGUCAAAAUAUUAAAAAAAAAUAAAAUAUCACAGUAGGCGCAUGAUUACCAUCCUCAUGGUCAGUGCAAUACACUGGUGUGUAUAGACUACUUGAAGAUGGACAGAACUUGACUUAAUUUUAGUUUUAUAAAUGUGUAUAA